UCAAUAAUUCUCAAGCAUUCACCAAAAUAGAAAAAAAAAUAAUAAUAAUAAAUCCUUUGACUUAAAUAACAUACUUAACAAAACCCUGAUACUUAUUAUUAAGAAGUAUCCCUAAUGAGAGAACUUGACGUUGACGUCUUCGUCUGGAUCGUCGUCACCACCUUCUUUGCCAUCAUCAACACCACCGAUGAUAAGCAUCUUCGAAGUUUAAAAACUUAUAACGCGGAAGCUUAAUUUUGAUCCCUAAGAAUCGAAUGCUCUGAUACCAUGUAAAGUAUAAUAGAAUAGAUAUAUUAUUGUGUUGUAUUUGAUAAGAGAAUACAAUAUGCAUAUAUAUAGUGGUAACAUUAACAUAAUGUUAACACUAGAUAAUGCUAACUUUCCUAAACACUUAAUGUAAAUAUGCUAGAAUAUCUUGAGAGUAACUUGUUCUUCAAGUCUUUCCUUUUAUUCUUGAGGGUUUUCAUGGGUUUCACAGGCUUCACAGACUUGGUCCGUAAGAUACAUAUCUUCCGGCCCAACAUAUCUCUAAUACAUAACUCCAUUAAAUAAUCUCAAUAAUCGAGUUAUGAAAUUUAGUUAAUUGUAACACGAAUAAGGUUAAUAUACGAUAAUCUGAAUGAAAGAUAAAAUAAAACAGAGUAAUCACAAUAGUAAUGAUUUCUAACCAAAUUUUUUCAAGUAAAAAUAAAUAUUAAACAAAAUACACGAAUCGGAAGGACCAACCCUAGUUUAUACAAAUGAGACAAUGGUACAAAGAUAUCAUCAUAUUAGGACAAUAAUACUGAAUUUUUUAUUCUAUAUUUCCAAUUUUCCCUGAUAUAAAAGUCUAAAAAAAUCCGUAUUUGGUAAGUAAGCCCACACCAUAUACUAGGUUUUAUUAGGCGCAUUAGUUUGGUGUAUACAAAAAGAAACCCUAGUCCGACGUAUGGAGGACUUGCCUGUGAGAUUUGUUAGAGAUGAUGUUGGGGAACGAUGCGGCGGAGACCUCUAAAAUAGAGGUGUGGUGGGACAUGAAGGACUGUCCGAUUCCGGAGGGGUAUGAUGCUCGUCCGGUCCGUCCAAGUAUAGAAAGGGCGUUCAAUAAACUAGGCUACAGUACUUGUCCUGUCUCCAUCACUGCCUAUGGCGACCAAAACCAAACCCCUUGCCACGUCCUGCGAGGGCUGUCUUCCACUGGAGUCGCUGUUGCACAUACCAAAUCAGGUUAGUCUUUCUCUGAUGUUAGUAUGUAUAUUAUAACAAAACCACCCCUAGACUUGAAAUUUUAUGUUAUUCAUCCAUAUAUUCACAGAAAGCACGCGUUCAGUCAUGCAUCGGGAUAUGGUGGAGUGGCGAGGUCAAAAUCCACCUCCGGCUACAAUUUUGAUCAUAUCCGAUCAAGUGGAAGGUGACUUCUCCUGGGAUCUUGCCCGGCUACAACAGCGCACUAGAUACCACCUUUUUCUGGCUUAUUCAAGCAAGCCUUGUAACGAUUUAUUCCUGCUCCGUUAUGCAAAUUGGCGCUGGGAGAAAUUACUAGAAGAAGAAGGAGGCACACCACCACUUGUGGCGACGGGUGGAUUAUCAUCUGCUGCCGUGUUUUAUUGCAAAUCGUGUAAUUUCAAUUGCCAAAGCCUGAAGACAUUCAGGAAGCAUCUCUCGAGUUAUAAGCAUGGACUGGAAGAUGCUAUAAAUUCUCCGGACUCACGACUCUUAUGUGUAACGAAGACUUGGGCAAAGAACUACCCGGCCACGCCUGAACACGCCACAGCUAAAAUACAUGUGUUGUGGGACAUGAAUGACUCCCCUAUUCCCGAGGGGUAUGAUGCUUGUCGUGUCCGUCCAAGUAUAGAAAGGGCGUUCAAGGAACUAGGCUACACAGGUCCUGUCUCCAUCACAGCCUUUGCCGACCAAAAACAAACCCCUGAUCACCACCUUCUUGCGCUCUCUUCCACUGGUGUCUUUUUUGCUCAUACCCUUCCCUGUUAGUGUAUCCCAUUUCCCUGCUGUUAUAUAAUUAGUGUUUAAUUAAUUUUCAACUGAAAUUGUUUCCUUUGUUGAAAUAGGGGUCUUACACAGUCGCAUGAUUACAAAUUUUGAGGAAUGGGCAGAAGAUAAUCCUGCUCCGGCUACAGUUAUGAUCAUAUCAGAUCGACUGGGUUGGCGCAUGUCCCAAUCAUCACUUCUACAGAAGAGUAACUACAACUGUCUUUUGGCUUAUUCAGUUAGGCCUUUUGUAAAGCCAACCCUGCUCACUUCUGCUGAGUGGCUCUGGGAAAGCUUACUUGCAGUUUCAGAGACAAAAAGACACACUCUUCAGAAGUGCAGUGGAAGUGAAAUGGUUGUUGCAUCUACCGGUAUGUUUUAUUGCGAUUUGUGCGACUGUCAUUGCAAAAGCCUGGAUGAUUUCAAGAAGCAUCUCUCAAGAGAAGAACAUACACAUGAGGACAACAUAAUGAAUACGCAUUUUCAAUCUUUUCGUCACCGGCAUAGGCAAUUUAAAAUGUCCAAGUACCAUGAUGAGGUAGGAUAUCCUCCCAAGACCAAACGUACGAGGAAAACAGAUGAGUAAUAUAAAUCAGUGUUCUAAAACCUCGCUCGCUC